AAAACAAACACCACUUACGGAACUCGGGCCCGUGUUUCGCGCCUUUCAUAUUGGCUAUCUUGGGUAUUUACUGGCACACCCUGAUGAUACAUGGGCCCUCAUGCCGCCACGGGCGACAUCAAACAUGAAAUUUUAGUGUUGGUUGACGAGCAGUGGUUUAUGUGUGUCAUGCAUCACCCGAGACCAGGGAGGGGUUGGAUUACCUCACUACAGUGAAGGUUUUUCGUUUCCCAAUUUCUUUUAUCCGGUGUUUAGCGCUGGGAUUGGAGUGAUGAGCAUCUCGUUCAUUCAUCACUCGGUGCCGGACGAUCACUCGCAACUGUACUGCUUUGUAUGGUACGUCCUGGGGAUACUGCAGCACUAUUUGGCGUGUCCAUUUUUUUUUCUUUUUUCAAUUUAAGGUGGAGAGGUGCUGGUAAGAGUACGGCGCUCGGUUCCUAAGGAAGUUGUCACGGAUUGUUUGGCACAGUUCGUUAUCCAGGUGUGGGAUAAACGGUUAAAGUAUCGUAGGUGACAGUGUCCAGAAUGAGAAUAGCACAGUUUGUACGUGAGGGGUCCCUGGUUCCGCGCUGGUGCUCAUGGCGGGCUCGCGUCUACAAAUUUGCGCAUACCACCUUCGGGUGGAGGAGUAAGAUACGCUGAUAUGAGGUCUUCUAUUGUCUAAAUGGGUGUUACAAUGUACUUGAACUUUAGUAUCAUCUCUGUGAUGUCUAUCCUCUCGCAAAUGAAGUGCUAAAGGCUAAAGGCCACACAGCAGCUUAAGGAGCCAGAAUCCGCAUGAGGAAGAAAAUGAUAACCUAACGAAAGUAAAAUGUAAAAGAAAUGGUAUGCACAUAUAUCAACGAGUGCUUGUCCUCUUCGCUCUGUUGUAUUCGGAAAAAAAAACUGGCGCAAUAGGAAUAUCGGUACAUACAGCAGGGGAAAUGCGUAUGCCAGUGGGCAAUGCACAUACAUCAUACCACUAUACAUACGUCAUACCAUUAUACAUACGUCAUACCGUUAUACAUAUAAUACAUCAUACCACUGAGGCAGACCGCCCAAUAAGGUCGGAUACUGGUACGUUGAUAGGUGGUCAUUUUGGGUUGCGAUGCUAACUUGUAGCUUUCACGCGCUAUAUACCCCAUUGGGCACCCUGUGCUUCCCCAUGGGACAUCCCGGUUUUACUAGGAGCUUAACAUAUCUCUCGGGCCAGCCAGGAACUUGAAUCCCUCAGGCGUGUGCCCCAUCUCGGAUCAUCUCCAGUGGCUACCGACGGAAUGUUCAAUUGCUACUAGGCUACGUCAUUCUUCAGGGCUACGACUUUUUUUUGGAGAAAGAGUGGGGGGGAGGGGAGAGGGACAGGCAAGGAUCCGAUAUAUGGCUUUUUGUACUGGACCCUGUGUUCUCCGCCCUCGCCUCCCCGUCCCUCUCUGAGGACGGUAUUUUUUUUUUAAUACACUCCAGGGGAAUUAAUCUUUGUCGGGGAGGGGAAUAGGGCUCGUGUUAUCUUGUUUUAAUUUGUGUAUCCGCAAGGCUGGAGCUAGAAGGGAUAGAUAAGCUGGAGUGAGGAGGCCAUUUCAGAUGGGGUAUUUAAGGCGGAGGUCUAGAGGGGGGACUUGAUAAACGAGAGAAGACAGACCAAACACCUUGGCCACAGAUUGUCGGCCGCGAGAUAUCUACCUAUUUAAAGCAUUGACACAAUAGGAAUGCUGGUGGACGAGAGAGAUGCGAGGGAAGGAUAAGGGUGUCUGGGGAAGUCACUUACCGGACAUAUACAACCAUGGGGACUUUAGACAGCUUAAGGCGAUGAUAGAUGAGUGAUAGAGGGGUACAAAACCAUUCAGAGCCCAUAGAAAUCCCUCCGAGGCACUGAUGGCUUUCAGGUCGGGAGCCGCCAGCAUAGAAAUAUGGUAGGUUAGGGUCAGAGGAGUGGUUCUGAUUUUUGCCGGUGAGUUGCGGUUUGCACCUUACUGUGUUUGCCCUUCAGUCAUGUUUGAGUCCGCAGAGAGGGUUUGUAAUGAUCCGUCUCGGAGUUCUAGGCUCUGCUAGGCUCUACUGCUAAAGUCUCAAUAUGAUAACAUGUAACUUAGUGUACACUAAAGGAAAGCUCUGGGUGGCACUAGAAGCAAAUAGUUUAGAUGAGCAACACCCCCGACUCUAUGUCCCAAAAAUACGGGUGAUCACGUAUGAACUCACCAAGCUUGAGCCGUUUCGUGUCAUACACUACGGUAUAAAAAAAGACUCAGAAAGGCCCGUAAACGACGAGGACCGGUGGUAUCAUAUUAGGGGCGUAUGAUAGAUCACUAUCGUAUCCCAUCCAGAGGCGGUGGGAACCCUACCCUAGAGCAAACCUGAAAACCUAGCUGAAAGAGAAUAUCCUAUAAAGAAAAAAAGUUCCCUAUUAGGGCUCUUCAGUUCCUCGUAGGGCUUUUCAGUUCCUCGUAGGGCUACCCGCACAUUGACUCCGUAUAAAUUCCACCCACUUCCACCAGAGCUUUCCCCUCCCCGCCACACACAUCCAAUUCCGCCAACACGCAAGCUUCAACUUUCCUAGUUCGACUGCAAAAAAAUAAAUCGGGAAAAAUGAAGUAUAUGAAAAACGGAAAUCCCGUGGUCUGGGAUAUUUACCGCCGUGCGAGGUAUGAUGUACCCUUCCCCAUGGGACUCCUCUCGGCCCGAUCGAACAAAAUAUUUCGUAAAGGAUCCAACGAAGGCUGACGAGAGUGAAAUCUGGUGGCAAUGGAAAGCGUUUGCGUGGCCCUCAUCGAUGCUCUUGACGAACUUGUCGAAUCGGGCAAGAUCACCCACUCUUUGGCUCGCAGAAUCAUCUACAAUUACGAUGUCUCUGUUCAGGACAAUAUCGAAAAGUGCGGUGUUGAGAUCAAAUUGAAGGUAUAUAUGUGCUCCUCCUCCCCCCACAUGCAGCCUGACUAUUAGAUCUUCGGGAUCAGCUCUGAAAAAAAUCAAAAUAGGCCAAACUCUUGGACUACAGGUUUGUCGAUUCAAUCUGGUGGUUCAAUCUCAAAAACAUCGUCAUCUCGAAGGGCCCCUUGGUAAAACGCCGUUCUGGGACAGAGGUGGCCCGAUUUGAAGGCCCGCUGCGUGUCAUUGCUGUUGGCUAUGACGCCACCGCAAAGAACGUGAAGAACAGGGUCCCCGGCCAUAAUAUGUUCGAGGGUGAGGGUCAUCAGGGUUGAUGGGGCUUGUGGGAUUGGGGCAUGAGCGAUCUAGUCAGGGUAGUCUGUGUCUUUUUAGUCCAGCUUGGGGGUAAUUGAUUUGUUCGUCGCCUUUUUAACUUGAUUCAAACCAAAUAACCUUACUUGCUCAUUUGUUUCUAUUUUUCCCCCUCUAUUCGUGACUAUGGGAAUGGGUUUCAAUGUAGUGUAUUGGGCGAGCGGAUUGUCAGGGCUGGUUGUAAGGUAUAUUCAAGAUUGAUCCAUCGG